CUAAUCUUAUGGACACCCUGCCUAGCCUGGAGACGCUCGAGAUCGUGUGCUGCGGUGAUCUGAAGGAAGUCUUCCCUUUGGACCCUAAGCGCCAAGAGAAGCAUGAAAUUAUAAAAUUUCCCAACCUAAAAAGGAUCCACCUGUACCAGCUCUCCAGUCUACAGAGCAUCUGUGGGAGCAGGAUGUCCGCGCCGAACCUUGAGACCGUCAGAAUCCGGGGCUGCUGGGGCCUUCGACGCCUGCCGGUAGUCAGUGGCAGAACCACCAACCGGCCCAAGGUGGACUGCGAGAAGGACUGGUGGGACAACCUGGAGUGGGACGGGGUGGAGGCGAACCACAACCCUUCGCUCUAUGAGCCGCGCCACUCGCAAUACUACAAGAAGGCCCACCUGCCAAGGGUCACCGUUCUCAGGUAAUCAAAUCCAUCCAUGGUCAAUGACCGCUACAGGCACGUCGGCCCUAUGGUGCUAUGGUGCUUAAUUAUCUGAAGCUUUCUCUGGAGUGUGCGUCCGUGUGCGUUGUUGCCUUACUUUAUGCUGCUUGAUUGGUCCGUGUGGUUGUGUGAAAUCUGCAUCUGCAUUGCUAUUGGUUUGGCGGUGCGUCUUCCAGUUCAGUUUGACUUGAUUUGGUUUAUCUUGAUCUUGUUUGGUUUGCUCAUAUUUUCAUGGUGAAAGCCAUAUAGGCUUCAAAGUAAGAAUGCAUCAUCUUGUUGGAUAGAUGAUGCAUGCAUGGUACAAGCUUUGAGAGAAAUAAAUAAGAGAGGGCAUUCAGGCUAUGCUGCAUGAGCACCCUGCCUGCUCAUGCUGCUGCUAUCCUGUUGCUCUCCAUUUGUGUGUUGUGGAGUGUGAUUUGUCAGCUACGGACUGAUUAUUGUAAUGCUAAGCAAUUCCUUCGACUUU